AUGAGUACCUUAAGUUGGAACUGUCAGGGGCUUAGGAACCAACGAAUAGUUCAAGCUCUCAAGAAAGUCUUAAGGGCCGAAGAUCCCAAGUUUGUCUUCUUAAUGGAAAUGAAACUUCAUAAAGAUAUUAUGAACCGAGUCAAGCAUGAGUUAGGGUAUACACAGGGUGUGGCAAUUUCUAGUGAAGGAAAUAGUGGGGGUCUUGCGUUACUAUGGAAACCUAGUACAAGGGUGGAGGUGCGCAAAUAUUCUCGUUGGUGUAUUGAUACUUUAGUUGACUAUGAAGGCAAUGGUGAUGUGUGGAGGUUAACAGGUUUUUACAGUCAUCUGGAUACAAGUAAAAGUGAGGAAACAUUGGAGUUAUUGGAAUCACUUAGCUUAAUUAGUGAUUUACUGUGGCUUUGCAUAGGAGAUUUUAAUGAGAUUACUAAGGCAUUUAAAAAGGAGGGUGGAAAUUUGAGGCCGCUACGGCAAAUGUCUCGGUUUCGAGGUGUCAUCAACCAACGUGGUUUUUCAAAUUUAGGCUUCUAUGGUCCACCGUUUUCAUGGUUCAAGAAUCAGUCUGAGGAUGGUCGCCUUAAGAUACGAUUGGACCGAGCUUUGGCUACUACUACAUGGAGGCAGAAGUUCAGUGAAAUAAGAGCAAUUGAAAGUUUGGAACAAGGUGGAGUUUGGGCAUGUGGGAAGGAGGAUUGCAAAUCUCCAAAAUUGGUUACAAAUGUUGGAAUCAUGCCAGAUGAGCACCUAGGCCUAGCAAAUGCUCAAUUUUAUAAACAAGUCGGCAAUAAGAAGCUCCCUUAUCAAACAUUCACCGUUGAUCAAUCUGGCAAUGCCAAUUUCUCCACCAUUCAAUCAGCUAUAGAUGCUGUUCCUUCCAAUAACAAGUAUUGGACUUGUAUUAGGAUCAAAGCCGGCACCUAUAGAGAGAAGCUCUUAAUCCCAUAUGAUAAGCCAUACAUCAUCCUAAAAGGAGUGGCAAAGACAAAGACAUUGGUCGAAUGGGGAGAUCAUGAUAACCUUGCCCAAAGCCCUACUUUUACAUCUCAAGCAGAUCAUAUCGUGGCAAAAAGCAUAAGCUUCAGGAAUACAUACAACAAUCCAGAUUGGAAUAACCCUAAUAGCCCUAGACAAGCAGCGGUGGCAGCCAUGAUCAGCGGUGAUAAGUCUGUAUUCUAUCGAUGUGGGUUUUAUGGAUUGCAAGACACUUUGUGGGAUGUUCAAGGACGACAUUACUUUAACAAGUGCACCAUCCAGGGUGCUGUUGAUUUUAUCUUCGGUGCUGGCCAAUCUAUUUAUGAGAAAUGUUCGAUAUCAUUUUUGGGACAAGCUGUGGAUCCAGGUUAUAUCACAGCACAGGGAAGAAGCGGUCCAUAUGAUUCAAACGGGUUUGUGUUCAAGGAAUGCAUUGUGCAUGGCACUGGUUCAACUUUCUUGGGAAGGCCAUGGAGAAGUUAUUCCAGAGUGAUUUUCUACAACUCAAAUCUUACACACAUUGUAGAGCCAGAAGGAUGGAAUGCAUGGGGCAGUGCUGGCUUUGAGAAGCAGUUAACAUUUGUGGAGCAUGGCUGCUAUGGACCUGGAGCGGAGACUUCCAAACGAGUGCCAUGGAUGAAGACACUGAACUCAACCGAUUUGGAGCAGUUUACUAACAUUAGUUUCAUUGAUAAUGAAGGCUGGCUCAAUGCACAACCUUUUUAA